UGUAGCUCAUGGUCCAGUUGAUCACAGCUGUACAGUUAAUUAACAGGUGUGAGCGCUGAAUAAUAGUCGAUGACAGCGGUCUGCUUAACACGGGACAGCUACCCGGAAUACUCAUCUUGUUGCCGUCUGGUGAAGGAGUGACUGUGUAGAGUAGAGUCAGCUUAGCUCCGCUUGACAUUCAUGAAGCUGUUGUUACUAUGCGUUUUUAUUGUAUGAAAUAAACCAGAGGGAAAGAAAAUAACAGGGGAAGGCGAAAUCUGUUGUUGUCAAUACACCAGCAAUGCCUCUCUUCGCGACGAACCCAUUUGACCAAGAUGUUGAGAAAGCGACCAGUGAGAUGAACACAGCUGAGGACUGGGGCCUCAUUCUGGACAUAUGUGAUAAGAUAGGACAGUCACGCACUGGGCCUAAAGAAUGUCUCCGCUCUAUAAUGAGAAGAGUGAACCACAAGGAUCCUCAUGUGGCCAUGCAGGCACUGACUCUUCUUGGUGCUUGUGUCUCAAACUGUGGGAAGAUAUUCCACUUGGAGGUGUGCUCCAGAGAGUUUGCCAGUGAAGUCAGUAAUGUCUUAAACAAGGGCCACCCCAAAGUGUGUGAGAAGCUGAAGGCCCUUAUGGUGGAGUGGGCCGAGGACUUCCGCAAUGAUCCACAACUCAGUCUGAUCUCGGCGAUGAUCAAAAAUCUGCGUGAGCAAGGUGUCACUUUCCCUGCAGUGGGGUCCCAGGCUGCAGAGCAAGCAAAAGCAAGCCCUGCUUUAGUGGCAAAGGAUCCGUCCACCUCAACAAACAAAAAAGAGGAGGAAGACUUGGCCAAAGCUAUUGAGUUGUCGCUGAAGGAGCAACGUCAGCAGCCACAGACCUCCCUGUCGAGCCUGUACCCGAGCACCUCUAACCUGCUCUCCUCACACAAGUCGGAUGGCAGAAAAGUCCGUGCCAUCUACGACUUCGAGGCUGCUGAGGACAAUGAGCUCACCUUCAAGUCAGGAGAAAUCAUCACUAUCCUGGACGAUAGUGAUCCCAACUGGUGGAAAGGGGAAACAUACCAGGGAGUGGGGCUGUUCCCCUCUAACUUUGUCACUGCUGACCUCACGGCAGAGCCUGAGAUGAUGAAGACAGAGAAGAAGACAGUACAGUUCAGUGAGGACAUCCAGGUGGAGACCAUAGAGCCUGAACAAGAGCCUGUUUAUAUAGAUGAGGACAAAAUGGACCAGCUACUGCAGAUGAUUCAGAGUGCAGAUCCCACAGACAACCAGUCAGACAGUGUUGAGCUACUACAGCUUGAAGGUGCCUGCAAUCAAAUGGGACCUCUCAUUGACCAGAAGCUGGAGGAUAUUGACAGGAAGCACUCAGAGCUGUCGGAGCUGAACGUGAAGGUGAUGGAAGCUCUGUCUUUGUAUGCAAAGUUGAUGAAUGAGGAUCCAGUGUACGCCAUGUAUGCCAAGCUGCAGAGCCAACAAUACUACAUGCAGCAGCCUGCCAAUGCAGCGCAGCAGGUCUACCCUGGCCAGCCUGCAUCAGGUUCAUAUGCAAUGAGUGGUACUGCGGUGCAGGGUUAUACUGUUCCCAUGGAGCAGCUUCCAGCUGGAGCCCCCAUACCUGGCCAGCCAGCUCCCAGUGACGUUCAUAUGUACAUGGGCCAGCCGCCAGUCUACACUGCAGCUCCAGGCGGCAUGGCCCCAGCAGACAUUCAGUCCUACCAGAACCCAGCCACCGCCCCUGGCCCCGCCCCAGGCACGACUCCCACAGGCAUGACGCAGACGCCAAACUACAGCACCCACUCUGGCCCAAGCAUAGCACCUUCCUCAGAUGCCACACAGGCCCCCUACUCAGAGAAAGCCUUGCUAUAGGGCCCCCUUAGCUCACUGUUAUCCCCGCACAAAACGCACACACACACACACACACACACACACACACACACACACACACACACACACACACACACACACACACACACACACACGCACCAGACCUGAUCAAAUAGUGGUCUUACAUCAUUUCUUUUAUUAUAUUUUAAGUCUUGUUUUAUUACGAAACCCUAGAUGGACGGAAAAAUACAAAUGCGAUUAGACUAACCUUGACAUUUGACAUGCUUUACAUUAUUAUAUGGCAGAUAUACAGUUAAUUAUACAAUUGCACUUCUUCCUCCAGGUUUAGAAGUGAUCACGAUUUGAAGAGCUCACACCAAGCCACACUGACCUGAAAAUGGACACUCUGUUUUAGGAUUCCAUUUGAUUAAUCGUGUUCUUGCGUUUUCACUCUUCUCCAUCAUGUGUUCAUCUGAUUUUACAUGUGCAGACAUGGAGGAACUUUCAGUUGCACUUUCAUUUGCAGUUGCACUUAUUUAAUUUUUGGUCAUCAUUCAAGUCUGAUCACUUCCAAAUCUAGAUCUAAUAGCAAUAUAUGCAUUGUCCAUUUUUAUUUACAAGACCUGACAUUUCUUGUUUCCUGGUAGUGACAGGACAAUUGAGAAAUUGCGGUAAUGAUUUAUUUUAUGGCUGAGUACUUUUGUAAAUAAUUUCCUCAGAAGUUUCCAGGAGAGAAAAACACAAUUUUGUAAUAAUUAUAGAGAAAACUAGGCAAGUUCUUUUAGUUAAACUCUAGUUCAGUUGAUUAAUUCCAAAGGAAUUUGUUUAAAAAAAAGAAAAAAAAAAAGAAGUCUCUAUUUAAACUUUGAUAAAACAAAAUGUUCAUUCUUCAUACUGUAUGUGGUAUGUUGAAUUGUACAAUUGUUUGUCAACAAAUUUCACACUUUUGAGUACACAGUGGAUCAGCUGAACAUGCAAAAGUCUUUAGGUUACACUAGCAACUAAUUUUAAUUAAUCAAUUUGAGGUGCACCCGUUUCUACAGUAUUUUAUCAGUAAUUUUCUUUCCCAGAAACUGUCUAGGAAAUUAUUAAGAAAUUACAGGCUUGUUAAGUAGAGCAUAAUCAAAUUGCUUUAAGAAAACAAGUGUAACUGUAACCACUUCAACCUGGCAACAUAUUACAUAUUCAAUUACUAUUUGAUCAAGUGGGAAAUACACACUGGCAUUCAUUCACUCCACCCCCAACAUGCACACUGGAGCUACUCGCACAUGAUUCUCAAACACAAUACAGGCAGGUGUACAGCAGUUGACGCACACACAAAUACAGUUACUGCACUUGGUUCAGACAUCCUCAGCCGUACGUGAUAAUUUACCUUCACUCACACACUAACAUUGAGAUAGAUCCACACGCCACAGCCUUCUCACCCACUUAAAGCAACUUCAGUCACACACAAACGUCACAAAAAAGCGGCGUUGAAUUACAUUUACCUUUCAUUUUUUUAUAUAUAUAUAUAGAGAGAGAAAAUGGACGUUUAGCGAUGCCGAAAACGUUAGGCUACUACAUUCUGUAUAUGUUGUCAACUUUUAGAAGUACUGAAAACUGAAGCCACUUUGUUUUUUGGAGGGAAAAGAAACAAGAGGAAUUCAAGCAUGCACAUGACUCUUGUAUAUACUGUACUGAACUAGUAGUUAAGCCACAUGAUGACCUCAUGGGUGGGAUGAAUGUUAACACAGCUCCAGGUGUUUUUGGUUCAGCCUUAAAGGUGAACUCUGCAGUCAUGAUGCCCCAGGUGAAUUUAAAAGGUGUAAAAGCCAAAGAGAACAAAGUGGGGGAAAAAAACCACAUGCCAGAAAAACAAGAUAAUUUUCUAUUCUUUCAAUGACUCCUCACUUCAUACUGCAGAGUUUUCCUUUUCAAAACGAGCAGUUCUGCAUCCUUGCUGGUGGACGUCAGACCAGCUCUGUUUCCAUUCAGGAGCUGUACUAACAGACUCGUACCACAGACUUGGCUACUAUGGGGUGAAUUCUCUGAACCGCCCCAGUGUCUUUGAAGCAUCUCUUUAGUCAGUGUGGAAAAAUGAAUACAAUGUUUUUUUUGUAGUACAUUUUAAUUUAUGUUUUGAUUAUUGUUAUGCUAUUUUAAAUGAAGAAGCAGUGCAGGAUGUAUGUAUUCACAGGAAAGUGGAAUAUGUGAUAUUCUGCCUAACUUAGUUGUAUAUUUAAAUGGCUGACGUGAGAACAUGGACGUUUCUCUCUGUGUUUGAUACAUGCUUAUUGUACUGUAGGGUCAAAUGGUAAUGUGAAAACUGAUUGAACCCCCCCCCCUCCCCCUCCAUAUGCAUUUCAAACAUGUCCUCUUUCACAGCUGUCUAACAUUAAAACAAAUUCUACCUGAAGCAGAACUGAAAUAAGGCUUCUAUGAUGGUCAGGAUUUGGAAACAUCUCUUUACCAAAGUCUACAUAAGCUUUCAGUCACAGCGCCACCCUGAGGGGAAAGAUCAAGUGUUGUACAAAGUCUACUCAUACCUUCAUACAGCUAAUUUGUUUCGCUUCUACAUGUUAAAAGAGUUGAUUUUUACAAAAACUGAUUGGAUCACAAAAAGCCGAUGAAGUAGGAAAGUUAUUUAUCUGUUGUUGUGUAAUAUUGAUUGAUGCUAAGUGAAGGAAUUAUGAAGCAGUUUAAAAUAUGUUUAACCACAUGUUCCGGUUGCAGGGCAAAUUUGUGUCAUUUUAAUUUCUCUUGCGAUACUGUUUUCAAAUGUGCAGCUUCUUGUCAUCCCUGUGCCACCUUUAAGAAUAUAAAACAACCCCCAACUUAACCUUGGUACCUGGGACUUUGCAAGAGGCCAUUUUAUUCUCCAGAACUUAAUUUUUUUUAGCAUUAAUAUAGUUGAUUCAAAGAUGAGGAAUCACUUUUUUGCUGCCUUCAACUAAAUGCUAGAGAGAAAUAGUGUUAAUCAGUUGGAUCAAAGAGGGCGGAAAAUAUCAAAGUAGCUGCUAUUCUGGGACCGCGGCACCAGGAGCCAGUUAGUCAUCACACAUCAUCCAAAUGUAACAUCUUGUUGCACCACAGUGUUGGACUGCAGCCCCGGUGUAACUUUAUUGUACAGGAUUGAGAUGCUGCCUGUUUUUAAGUUUUAAACCAACAUUAUUGUAAAGGUUCUGUCUAAACUUGUAUCCUGCUGUUUGUAUGUAUUCUUUUAACCAUACUUAUUAAUUGAUAUUCACAAUAAAACCAGGCCAAAUGUACA